ACUACGGAAAAACCUGAUACAGACUUACAUGUUUGCUCAUCCAUCCAUGUUAUGUUUGGUAGCAGUACUUCAUAACACCAACAAGGCAAGAACUAGACCGUGCCUUGUGAUGACUCUGUGAUAAAGUGAGUGAGUGAGUGAGAGAGAGAUAGUGAAAAGUCAAUCUCUCAAUUAAUAAUGGCUACCUUACUAAAAGCUUUUUGUUCAGCUACAUUGACCACAACUUGCAGAAAUUCAGUGAGUUUUAGGGUGUCUGGAAGUGGGUUUCUUCAUUUUUACCUAAAGAAGUUGAGAAAAUCAAAGACCCAUAUGCUAGAAAACUUGCUCAAAGGAUUGAGAGAAUACCAGUUAAGCUCUUGUUUAGAAUGGAGAUAUACAUACCCAUUGCUUGAGGAAGCUGGGAUGGAGGAAUGGGCAGUGGAUAUACUUGGUUGGGGUUUCUCUGAUUUAGGCAUCCUUCCGCCAUGUAAUCUGACAUCAAAGCGUGAGCAUCUCUAUCAGCUUUGGAAGUCAUAUAUAGGAAGGCCAAUGAUAUUAGUUGGACCAAGUCUUGGCGCUGCUGUUGCAAAUGACUUUGCUGUAAACCAUCCAGAAGCUGUUGAGAAACUGGUGUUAAUUGAUGCAAGUGUCUAUACAGAAGGCACGGGGAAGUUAUCUACAUUGCCUAAAAUUAUAGCAUAUGCUGGGGUCUCCAUGUUGAAAAGCGUUCCUUUACGCUUGUAUGCAAACUAUCUUUGCUUUGAUGGAAUUUCGUUUAAUUCCGCCAUCGACUGGACUAGUAUUGGCCGUUUACACUGCUUAUUGCCUUGGUGGGAAGAUGCAACAGUUGACUUUAUGAUCAGUGGGGGAUAUAAUGUUUGUCAACAGAUACAACAGAUAAAACAGGAAACACUUAUCAUAUGGGGUGAAAAUGACCAAAUUAUCAGCAACACACUGGCCAUGAGACUAAAUACUGAACUACAAAACUCAUCUUUGCAUCAAAUUCCAAAUGCCGGUCAUCUCCCUCAUGUAGAAAAACCGGAUUCAGUAACCAACUUGAUUGUCAACUUCGUCGGAGAAGGUAAGCUCACAGAAAAAAUAUCUGUUUACAAAUAGGUCUUGUAAAACAUUAUGGGCUCUACACUAUUGCUUUCUGUAAUAUAUUUAUAACUUUUAAAAAGAUCAGCUUAU